CGAUGAUGUCGAAUAAGUUACUUGCAAAACACGGCCCACGCUCGUACUUUUGUUGAUAUCCCAGAAAACCCGACAGUUGCCCCCAUCACUCUCAAAUCGUUCCUGGGAUACAAUCCACCGUGGUACCAAACCUCAAAGUCAGGUCAGCAUCGUUAGCGAGCAAGCGGUAGAACAAUGCGCCGGAGUUCCUACUCACAGAGUCUUAACCUAGCGUUGUACGUUGCUUCUGUCGUUUGUUGGCCUGCCUAUCUGCAAAGUUGCGUUACGCGAUUUAUCAUUCACCGUCCUCGCUGUGGGUGGACAUUCACAAAUGGACCCCUUUAUAUGAGACCCUAGAAAGGACAUCUUUCUACUUCUACCUAAACCAAAUAUCGAGAGCCCACCUCAGAGAAGCCAUGGGCGACCGCAUCACCAGAUACCUCCAGAUUUCUAAAAACUGCUUCCUUUGCAAUAAGAACUUCUCUGCGGAGCACACGCCGGUCUCGCUGCUAGCAUGCGGACAUAUAUUCGGGCUUCGAUGUCUCAUGAUUUCCCUUCACGGAGGUGACGUCGACUUGGGCAACCUGUGGUCGCCUAUUUCUGACAUCAAUCCGAGCGGGGUGAAAUGCCCGGGCUGCCAGUGCCCUAUAACAAACAUCGACCACAAGCAAACCGCCAUCUCAAUCUUGAGAGAUAUCAGUAGCGACUUACCAGAUUACCAGACCAAGCUGAAUGCUUUCGUUGGGCAGCUGCGGGAGAGCAUCGCAAAAGUCGGCAUCGACAUCAAGCGAGAGAACAUGAUGCAGUUUCUCAAACAAUGUUAUACGAGCGACGGAGACGACAUUUUGCAGAAGGCCCUUCAUGAUGCCGCAAGUGCGGGUGAUUACUUCAGUCCGUUUCACGAUGCGAUUACCACAUCGCGCAACGGCAAUCCUGAGUCUAUGUCGUUUCCUUUAAUCCGACUAUGCUUCCUACUUUGGGAUGUCCAUAAUGUCAUCAGGAAGAAAACCAGUUUGAGUAUCAAUGUGCUUCUGUGGGAGGGUAAUCGCUGUCUUGGUGUCGACAAGCCUUUGGUUCAUUGGAAAGAUGUUGAAGACGCAGCCGAUCUAGAAGGCAAUCUACUUUUCCCACUACUUCAUUGCUUUACUAUGCUAGCCUCCCAAGCUUUAGCGCGAAGUAAUCUAAAAGACGUGUGGAGAGGGGAAGAGAGGACUGAGCUGGCGCGGAAGUUCGCCUGCGAGAGGAUUGGCAAGCACUUUGAGGGCAGACCAUCGUUGAAGUGGCUACAGAAGCUUGCAGUCGUCGUCGACGAGCUCAAGCGUCAUCAGUUCGAGAUGAGUAGGAAACCAUUGGUAGGUCUUGCCGCCGAGAAAGGGAUUGUGCGAGGUUGGUGGGCUAUUGCGAAGAUGGAAGCUGAAGACGCUACAGGUAGCAACUCACAAGAUGCUGAGAGUGGGUAA